AUGGAUAUCGAUCCUGAUGUACAAAUGGAGGAUGCAUUGACUGAGCCAUCGUUAGGUCUGGAAGACGAAGAAAACGGACACAUCCACGAGUUCGGUGUCGACCCGCUCGAUAGCCGCUACCACGAUAUCUCGGUCAUGGGCCGCAAUGCGCCAGCCGAGCUCACUUCGCAAUCACUCAACCAGCUCGACUCAUGGAUCGAAACACUCCAAGGAUGCAACCCCCUCUCCGAAGAAGAGGUCCAACAACUCUGCAACAUGGUAAGUACCACCGCACCUACCCGAUGCCGCUCGCGAAGCGAGCACAACGGGGUCUGGGGCAGCGCCCCAGCCGCCGGAGGCGAGACACGGGGAAACGGAGGUGUGCCUCCGGCGGCUGGGGCGCUGCCCCAGACCCCGUUGUGCUCGCUUCGCGAGCGAUUGGGGGGAUGUGAAUGGGAUACUAACGAGGGUGUAGGCUAA